GUGCCCUACCCCGUUCACGUGCCACUGCCGCCAAAGACGAUCAUCAAGAAGAUCGCCAUCAAGGUGCCGGUGAAGGUACCGGUGAAGGUGCCCGUCAAGGUGCCCUACCCCGUGAAGGUGCCCAAGCCCUACCCAGUGAAGGUGCCCUACAUCGUCAAGGUUCCAGUGUACAUUGAAAAGGGCUACGGAGGUUAUGGAGGUCACGGAGGCGGCGGCGGAGGAGGAGGAGGUUAUGGUCAUGGAGGUGGAGGUUAUGGAGGUGGUGGUGGAGGUUAUGGAGGUGGUCAUGAGGGAGGUUAUGGCGGCGGCUAUGGCGGUGGUCAUGAUGAAGGUUACGGCGGCGGUGGAGGUGGUGGUGGUGGAGGUUAUGAAUCUUAUGGUGGAGGUCAUGAGGGCGGUGGCGGUUAUGGCGGCGGCGAGGCCUAUGGAGGCGGUGGUCACGAGGGAGGAUAUGGCGGCGGCCACGAGAUGGGCGGCUAUGGUGGUGGUGGUGGCGGUCAUGAGGGAGGCUACGGUGGUGGUGAGGGAUACAAGAAGAAAUAG